CGGAGCGGCCAAGUCCGGGCGGCGCGGCCCGCAUCGCGGAUCCGCGAGCUGCGCUGGCUAACGGCCGGUGCAGCCGCCCGGUCGUCGUCAGUCCCCGCCGCGGGCUUUUCUGUCGCCGUUCCCUGCGCUGAUGGCUUCUUGGUGAAUUUUUGGAUGAAGUCAUUAAAUUAAUUGCUUGCCAUCAUGAGCAGAAGCAAGCGUGACAGCAAUUUUUAUAGUAUAGAGAUUGGAGAUUCUACAUUCACAGUCCUGAAACGGUAUCAGAAUUUAAAGCCUAUAGGCUCAGGAGCUCAAGGAAUAGUAUGUGCAGCUUAAGAUGCCAUUCUUGAAAGAAACGUUGCAAUCAAGAAGCUAAGCCGGCCAUUUCAGAAUCAAACUCAUGCAAAGCGGGCUUAUAGAGAGCUAGUUCUAAUGAAAUGUGUUAAUCACAAAAAUAUAAUUGGCCUUUUGAAUGUUUUCACACCACAUAAAUCCCUAGAAGAAUUUCAAGAUGUUUACAUAGUCAUGGAGCUCAUGGAUGCAAAUCUUUGCCAAGUGAUUCAGAUGGAACUAGAUCAUGGAAGAAUGUCGUACCUUCUUUAUCAGAUGCUGUGUGGAAUCAAUCACCUUCACUCUGCUGGAAGUAUUCAUUGGGACUUAAAGACCAGUAAUAUAGUAGUAAGAUCAGACUGCACUUUGAAGAUUCUUGACUUUGGACUGGCAAGGACUGCAAGAACUAGUUAUAUGAUGACACCUUAUGUAGUGACUCACUACUACAGAGCACCUGAGGUCAUCCUAGGAAUGGGCUACAAAGAAAACGUGGAUUUAUGGUCUGUGGGGUGCAUUAUGGGAGAAAUGGUUUGCCACAAAAUCCUCAUUCCAGGAAGGGACUAUAUUGAUCAGUGGAAUAAAGUUAUUGAACAGCUUGGAACACCAUGUCCUGAAUUCAUGAAGAAACUACAACCAACAGUAAGGACUUACGUUGAAAACAGGCCUAAAUAUGCUGGAUAUAACUUUGAGAAACUCUUCUCUGAUGUACUUUUCCUGGCUGACUCAGAGCACAACAAACUUAAAGCCAGUCAGGCAAGGGAUCUAUUAUCCAAAAUGCUGAUAAUUGAUGCAUCUAAAAGGAUCUCCGUAGAUGAAGAUCUCCAGCACCCAUAUAUCAAUGUCUGGUAUGACCCUUCUGAAGCAGAAGCUCCACCACCAAAGAUCCCUGACAAGCAGUUAGAUGAAAGAGAGCACACGAUAGAAGAGUGGAAAGGUGACGAUAAUCAGAUUAUUAAAGAUGAAAUGGAAAGUGCAAAAAAAAAAAAAAAAUUUGCUGUCUUGACUAUUUAG